AUGUGCGUCAAGGGCAUUCCAGUUAAUGAGUACACUCUCAAUGUUGUGAUUAAUUGUUACUGCCUCGUGGGUCGAGUGGAUUUGGGGUUUUCCAUAUUGGGUGGCUUCUUCAAACGUGGUCUUGUGCCAGAUGUAGCAGCUUUAGCACUUUACUUAAGGGACUUUUUCGAGAGCAUAAGCUUGUGCAAGGAUAAAAUGGUUGAUGAAGCUCUUGCACUCUUCCGGGAGAUGAUUGAAAAGAGCUUACCUGCGGAUGUUGUCAGUUAUAAUUGUUUGAUUCAGGUGGUGGAUGCACUGUGCAAGGAAGGACAGGCAGAAGAUGCUGAAGAGGUAGUCAGCAUCAUGAUUCAGCAAGGUCAGACUCCCAAUCUGGUCACAUACAAUUCCUUAAUGGAUGGAUACUGUUUACAUUGCCGAAUAGAUGAAGCAGGGAGAAUCUUUAAUACCAUGGUUACUAGUGGCCUUACUCCUGAUCUCCAUAGCUAUGCUAUUCUGAUAAAUGCCUAUUUCAAGAACAAGGAAGUGGAAGAAGCCAUGAAUCUCUUUCGAGAACUUCAACACAAAGGUUUAACACCUAAUAUUGUUGUUUAUACACUGUCCUGCAGGGGUUAUUUAGUGCAGGAAGGUAUCUCAGUGCAAGAGAAGUUUUUGAUGAGAUGCAAGCUGCUGGCCUAA